AUGAGUGGGUCACACCUCCAAGGUACGAGUCUGAUUCGUUUGAGGUUCCAAAACUCACACAACCGUCUCAGGACAGUUUCACCAACUCCGGACCGGAUUUGGUGGUCGGUUCAACCAACCAUCCGGUUCGAACCGGAUACUUCAUUCCAUAUAUACCUUGAUCUUUCCUCUUUCUAAAUUCAGGUUCAUCUGCCUGUAUCCAUUUAAUCAUUUUAAGCCAAGAAAACUGCAGAAAUCCGAAGCCAGCAAAGCAACAGAAAAACAAAGCUAGCAAUGGCAACCAAUGGAGCAGACCAGCAAAACCAGGCCGGGAGGCACCAAGAGGUUGGCCACAAGAGCCUCCUUCAAAGUGAUGCACUUUACCAGUAUAUAUUGGAGACAAGUGUGUACCCAAGAGAGCCUGAAUCCAUGAAGGAGCUCAGAGAAGUGACUGCAAAGCACCCAUGGAACAUCAUGACCACAUCAGCUGAUGAAGGCCAGUUCUUGAACAUGCUUCUCAAGCUCAUCAAUGCCAAGAACACCAUGGAGAUUGGGGUCUUCACUGGUUACUCCCUCCUUGCCACAGCUCUUGCCAUUCCUGAUGAUGGAAAGAUCUUGGCCAUGGACAUAAAUAGGGAAAACUAUGACUUGGGUCGUCCAAUUAUCGAAAAAGCCGGCGUUGCCCACAAGAUUGACUUCAGAGAAGGCCCUGCACUCCCAGUUCUCGACCAACUGGUCGAAGAUGAGAAGAAUCAUGGGUCAUAUGAUUUCAUCUUCGUGGACGCAGACAAAGACAACUACAUCAACUACCACAAGAGGCUAAUUGAUCUGGUGAAGGUUGGGGGUUUGAUCGGCUACGACAACACCCUAUGGAAUGGCUCCGUGGUCGCGCCCCCUGAUGCCCCGCUCCGCAAGUACGUUAGGUACUAUAGGGACUUCGUGCUGGAGCUCAACAAGGCUCUCGCAGCUGACCCCAGAAUUGAGAUCUGUAUGCUUCCAGUUGGCGAUGGCAUCACUCUCUGCCGUCGGAUCAAAUGAGCAACCCCAAUUGACCUCAUCACAUUUCCUUGAUGAAGCAAAGCAAAUCGGUGUUUCUUUUCUUUUUCUUUAUUGUCUGUGGAUUUGUAUUUGGAUGGGUCGUGAAUGUUGAUGGUGAAGGAUUAAAAGGCUAAUCCCAUAUUAAAAUGUGCUGAUUAAAUUUGAUGCCUUAAUUAUAAUAUACCAAAAAAAUGAUUUCGUUAUUUGUUUUUGCGUAA